AAAAAAAAAUUUUUUUAAAUGAUCACCAUAAAUAACUAGCAUAGUGCUACAUAAAUGAUCACCAUAAAUAACUAGCAUAGUGCUACAUAAAUGAUCACCAUAAAUAAACUAGCACAGUGCUACAUAAAUGAUCACCAUAAAUAACUAGCAUAGUGCUACAUAAAUGAUCACCAUAAAUAACUAGCACAGUGCUACAUAAAUGAUCACCAUAAAUAACUAGCACAGUGCUACAUAAAUGAUCACCAUAAAUAACUAGCAUAGUGUUACAUAAAUGACAUCAUCAUAUAUGAUCAUACUACUUUAUUUGACUACAGAUCUGUUCAUCUGUCUGGUGACAUCAAGAGUAGUCGUUCUGUAACCUACUCAUCCUACCCCGUUCCUCCAGGCCCAGUAGAUAUAAACAGGUUUACUCUCCUCCAGGCAGCCCAGCAAACAGGCUGCUUUCAUUCUCAUUAAUUAGCAGCUGAGCUAAACCUCUAAGCCAUGACAUCAGCCUUACAGCAAUCCACCCAAAUCUCCCUCUCUCUUUCUCUCUGGGUUUGUUACAGUGAAAGCCCACAUGUCCUUGGAACUGCACACACAUGCCUAUCACGCCAGUAAGCCAGAAGCCACGCUACAUCUCUUUCCAUGGGGCCCUUGGGGGUGUCUCCAAAACACACCCCCAAGGGCCCCACGUGUCAACACAAUGUGAGCUACAGUAUAUCGGCUAGGUUUGCUACAUGCACAUACCCUGGACCAGAUCCACGACAUACAAACGUGGGAAUAUUGUAGCACGAGGCCGGCACAUGAGAGCCGUCCAGAAAGGACGACGUGGGCGCCGAGGUUAGCGUGACAAAAUGACAUCAUCGAUGUGAGAGAAAAAAACAUUGGUGAUCUUGUUCACACUUUGAGCUUUAACUUCUAAAGCUUAAUGAAUGCUUCAAAACUCUUUAAGCAGACGUUUCACUAAUCAUGUUUUAGUAUAUCAUAUAAUGGUGAUAUAAGGAGCCCUUACAUACAGUAUGGUGCAUUGAAGUGUGAACUUGCUGGAUUUCUUUAUGUAUUGAUUUAAUAACAGUACAGUGAAAGGGAGAAUAUAAUAAAAAUUGGCCUUCAAUUGAGUUUUGAGAAAACCCUGAACAAAAUGAAGACUGAAGAGAAUGAAUGAAUCAAUCCCUAACAUAAUGUAUAUCACAGAGUUCAAUGGUUUCCUUUAACCCAGACACUGCGCUGCAUAAACAUGCGUGUCACCAGAUUUGCUGAAUUUUCCACCUCACGUGCCCAGACAGUGAUCCCCUCUUUGGAAGGACCACUUUGACAGAUCAGGGGAUGGGCCAAUAAGAGAGAGAGUGCAUGAAAGAGGGGGAUAAUGAAAGAGAGAGAUAGCAAGAGAAGGAGAUCAGGGAGCUUGCAGUGGAGGUGUUGAGACAAAAGGACAGGUACUAUUCUACUGGUGAGGAGAAAGACUAGUCAGUUGACAGAGAGAGACUGGCAGAUAGAAAGCACAGAGCAAGAUAACCUCAGAUGUGUAUUUAGUGUUGCAUUCAAAGACUAUUAUCAUCAUCAAACCACUCUGAAACAAAAAAACGGUCAAGAGGAAACCAACAUCUAACCAAGAAAAUAUCUACAGUAGUCUCUACAACAGAAGACUGGAAAGAGAGCUGCUAUACUUGUAAAGACAGUACAGAGAGUGUUUCAUCGUUAUUAUUCACCAGCCCAGUAACUGACCAUCAUGACACAUCAGGUCAGCCGCUCCCCGUUCCUCAAGCCCUUCUACACCAGGACCCCGGUUGGUGGGGUCAUUCCGCGAACCCAGAGACGCCACACGCUCCCCGCCAGCGAGUUUAGGAACCUGACCCCACAGGACGCCAUCAGCGUGUUCGAGAUCGAGAGAGAAGCAUUCGUCUCUGUGUCUGGUGAGUGUCCACUCACUCUUGACGAGGUGCUGAACUUCCUAAGUCAGUGUCCAGAGCUCUCCCUGGGCUGGUUUGAAGAGGGCCAGCUGGUGGCGUUCAUCAUCGGCUCAGGCUGGGGCAAAGAGAGACUGGAGCAGGAGGCCAUGACCCAGCAUAUCCCAGAAACCUCGGCAGUGCACAUCCAUGUGCUGUCUGUGCACCGCCACGCUCGCCAGCAGGGUAAAGGUUCCAUCCUGCUGUGGCGCUACCUGCAGUACCUGCGAUGUGUGCCAGGCCUCCGGAGGGCCCUGCUGGCCUGUGAGGAGUUCCUGGUUCCCUUCUACCAGAAGGCAGGCUUCAAGGAGAAGGGGCCUUCUGCCAUCACCGUGCCCAACCUCACCUUCCAGGAGAUGGAGUACCAUAUCGGCGGAGCGGCCUACGCACGGCGGAACAGCGGCUGCUAGUCACUGCCGGCCGUCACCACCCCACUCAUAAUCACAUCAACCCUAGCACUGGAACUCAGCCACCAUGUAAACAUAGACUCUGGUCAUCACAGUUGACCGUCCAGACCACACUAUAGCAGACAGACAGAUCCAAGCACCAACCUGGUCUCAGAGCAUUUCAUAAUGUUCUGUAAGUAAAAUCGAGACACUCCAUUUAGUAUGAUAGGUUACAUUUGGUAUGGUUACAUAAGACAGAUGGUUACUUAAGGAGGGUGGUUGGUCAGGAUGAGUGGGCGUAUAACACGAACAUCUAGCAAAGGUUGCGAGAUCAAAUCUCAUCACGGACAACUUUACAACUUUUCACUACUUACUACUUUUUAGCUACGUUGCAACUACUUAGCAUGUUAUCCAAAACUUCCCCUAAGCCUGACCUUAACCCUUUUAGCUGACCUUUCAUGUUUAGCUAACCUUUCACGUAACUUCAACCUUUACCGUUUUAGCUAAUCUUCCCCUAAACCUAACCCUAACCCUAACCUUAACCCUUUAACCUAACUCAUAAACUUAACCCUAACCCUUAGCCUAGCUAAUGUUAGCGAGCUUGCUAACGUUAGGCACCUAGCUAGAAUUUGCAACAUAUCAUACGUUUUGUAAAAUCCCAAUAUAUUGUAUGCUUUGCAAAUUCUGAACAUUUAAUACAAAUUGUAAUUUGUAACAUAUCAUAUAUGAAAUGGGUGACGGACGUCUACCAAUCAACACAUACCAUACCAAACGUAACAUAUCAUACUAAAUGGAUUGUCCCAGAUUUACAUACAGAAUCAUAUGAAAUGCUCUGAGAUCAGGUUGCAACCACAGGUGCUCCAUGAGAGAAGGCACUGCCCCAUCAAUCUCAGCUGCAGCACCAGCAGGCUCCGAGACACCAUCUUUCAGUGCCUCACAGACAGCAUCCCGACCCCCUGCGACAUAGAGAGGGGACAUGCACCACCACAUGAAGGGGACAAGGAUGGGUUUUCUUAGAAAACAGCAACAGAAAGCAAAAAAAUGUCUGUUAGCGAUAGAAGACAGAAUCAGAAUAUGUUUGAGAUGCAAUGUCGAGUUUCAGCAUAUUUUGUGUAUACGUCAUUGAAUUAACAAAGUUCAAAUUUUUCAGUCCCAACAUUCUUCAUUUUUAUUAUGCUUAAUUUUGAGAGCAUUUAAAUGAAAUAUUCCUUGCCACAAAUCGUACUUUGUAGUACUAUUCUUGUUUGAGGUCUUUAUUAUUACUAAUACUACUAUUGUUAUUGAGAUACUGUUACUGAGAUACUACUAUUAUUGACUAUUAUUGAGUUCUCUGAGUGUGAUGUAAAUACCAUUUUAUUUUUUGUAUUAGUCCUCUGGUGUGUUGAAAUCUUAGGCUUUUGCUUACCUUUUCGUAUUAACACUAUGAUGUACUAAGGCAAUAAAGGGAAACGAUGCCACUGA